AUGGGGAGACAUUCUUGCUGCUACAAACAAAAGCUGAGAAAAGGGCUUUGGUCUCCUGAAGAAGACGAGAAGCUUCUCAAUCACAUCACCAAUCACGGCCAUGGCUGCUGGAGCUCUGUCCCUAAACUCGCUGGUUUGCAGAGAUGUGGGAAGAGUUGCAGACUGAGAUGGAUCAACUACUUGAGACCUGAUUUAAAGAGAGGAGCUUUCUCUCCAGAGGAAGAGAAUCUCAUCGUCGAACUUCACGCCGUCCUCGGAAACAGAUGGUCUCAGAUUGCGGCAAGGCUUCCAGGAAGAACGGACAACGAGAUAAAGAAUCUAUGGAACUCAAGCAUCAAGAAGAAACUGAAACAAAGAGGCAUUGACCCAAACACACACAAACCCAUCUCUGAAGUUGAGAGCUUUAGUGACAAAGACAAACCAACAAGCAACAACAAAAGAAGCAGCAGCGACCACCACAAGUCUCCUACUUCCUCCUCUGCAACUAACCAAGACUUCUUCCUCGGAGAAAGACCAUCUGAUUUCUCCGACUACUUCGGUUUCCAGAAGCUCAACUUCAACUCCAACCUCGGACUCUCUGUCACAACUGAUUCUUCACUCUGUUCCAUGAUUCCGCCGCAGUUUAGCCCCGGAAACAUGGUUGGCUCUGUCUUUCAGACGCCGGCGAGCGUAAAGCCCUCGAUAAGCCUUCCUCCGGAAAACAGUUCGAGUACUGUCUCCGGUGGAGAUCAUGUGAAACAGGCUGCUCCUAAUUGGGAGUUCCAGACAAACAACACCUCGAAUUUCUUCGAAAAUGGCGGAUUCUCAUGGACGAUCCCAAACUCUUCGUCUUCUUCUUCGACACUAGUCAAACCAAAUCAUAACUUCGAAGAAAUAAAAUGGUCAGAGUAUUUGAACACACCCUUCUUCAAUGGGAGCACUGUACAGAGUCAAAGCUCUCAACCAAUCUACAUCAAAUCAGAAACAGAGUACUUAGCCAAUGUUUCCAACAUGUCAGAUCCUUGGAGCCAAAGCCAAAACGAGAACUUGGGCACAGCUGAAACUAGUGACGUGUUCUCCAAGGAUCUUCAGAGAAUGGCCGUCUCUUUUGGUCAGUCCCUUUAG